UAGUGCAUGUGAAAAUUUCAGUCGUUGUAAAAUAUUUUGUCGCGCUGCAAUCUGUGAUGCAAAUUGCACAUUUUUCGGUUUUUUAACGGAUGUCUGAAACUAUGAAAAUUCGUAAAAUUGAUCUUUAUGCUAGACAAUAAGCGGGCCUAAAUAAUUUUCGUCAACGUUACAAACAUGGAAACGGAUAUCGUUGUGUUGGAGUUACUAAAAAUUUGUUCGUGACACAAGAACCGAAUAAAAUAUACGGCAAAGUGAAUAAAAACGAAUUAAUGUCAUUAAACGAGGGUGCAUUAGCAAAAAAAGAUUAUUUUAUGUUGGCAUUUUAUUCUUGAUUUUAUUGCUUUUCUGUAAUUGAAUUAGUAGCCAAUUUAAAUUCAUUUUUCUUCUACUAUCGAAACUAUCGAAAUGAAGUCAACUUUGAAUUAAUUCAAAUUUAAACUGUGUCAAAUUUUCUAAACGUUACAACGGACAGGUCGCGUAAAAGUAUUUCACGAUAAGUAAAAUUUAAAAAAAAUAUUAUUAAGCCGCAUGCAACCAUAAAAAGUUAUGAUAUGGAUUGACGAUCGUGUUAUAAAAUCCAGAAACUCAUUCAGGAAAAUAACAAUCGUCCGGAUCGUAUUUGGUUAUAUAAUGAAAUACUCAGCAAAAUUUCUAAGUAUUUUGCUGUGUUUCGUAUUCGACUCAAUCACAAUGGGAUAUACAUCGCAUGUUUACAGCAAUGAAACGACGGGCUAUGGAGAACUCGUCCAACGUUUUGAAGCCAGUUUAUCACUAAGUGACAUUUUGCCUAAACCAUCUCGUCAAUACGACAAAAAUCGAGCCCCUAAAUUAUUGGGUCAACCGACAGUUGUAUAUUUUCACGUUACAGUCCUAUCUUUGGAUUCAAUAAAUGAAGAAUCGAUGACUUAUGUAACUGACAUAUUUCUGGCUCAAACAUGGCGUGAUCCGCGCUUACGAUUACCGGAAAAUAUGAGUGAAGAGUACCGAAUAUUGGAUGUGGAGUGGUUGCACAGCAUUUGGAGACCAGAUUGUUUUUUUAAAAAUGCCAAAAAAGUUACGUUCCAUGAAAUGAGCAUACCGAACCAUUAUCUGUGGCUGUAUCAGGACAAAUCGUUAUUAUACAUGUCAAAAUUGACACUAGUUCUAUCAUGUGCCAUGAAAUUCGAGUCAUAUCCUCACGAUACUCAAGUCUGUUCCAUGAUGAUUGAGAGCUUGUCACAUACGGUGAAAGAUCUUGUUUUCAUUUGGAAUAUGACUGACGCACUGGUUGUGAACGAAGAUAUCGAACUGCCGCAACAGGACAUAUCGAGCAAUUAUACGACGGAUUGCACAAUUGAAUACUCCACAGGUAAUUUUACCUGUCUUGCAAUUGUUUUCAAUUUGCGACGACGUCUCGGCUAUCACUUAUUCCACACCUACAUUCCGUCUGCAUUGAUUGUGGUGAUGUCAUGGAUAUCGUUUUGGAUAAAACCAGAAGCAAUUCCGGCUCGUGUUACUUUAGGCGUAACUUCUCUUCUAACAUUAGCCACCCAGAACACGCAGUCGCAAAAAUCCUUACCACCAGUUUCAUACGUGAAAGCUGUUGAUAUUUGGAUGUCAUCAUGCUCGGUAUUCGUCUUUCUAUCACUCAUGGAAUUUGCAGUGGUAAACAAUUAUAUGGGUCCAGUUGCUACGAAGGUGAUGAAAGGAUAUUCGGACGAAAACUUAAACGAAGCUAACAAGAGUGGAGAUCAUAGGCCAUCGGUGGCACCCCAAUACGAUACGUUUUGCAAUGGACGAGAGACCGCACUGUACAUCGACAAGUGUUCACGAUUUUUUUUCCCAUUGUCAUUUUGUAUUUUGAAUGUUGCAUAUUGGACAACAUUUUUAUAAAUUUCAAAACGUGAAGCUAGUUUGUAUGACGAAAGCAUUAAAUGAACAACUUCGACCUGUUCUUCA